AUGUCGCUCGCGGAUCAACAGUGGAGUCCCACGAGCGUCCAGGUAACGGUGCACCAAGCCAGAGGCCUGAGAAUAAAGGGGAAAAGCGGCACCAACGAUGCGUACGCGGUCAUGCAAGUGGGCAAGGAGAAGUUUCAGACCUCGGUGGUGGAGAAGGCUGUUGCCCCGGUGUGGAAGGAGGAGGCCUCGUUCGACCUCCCGCAUCAAGGAGCGGGAGGAGGAGGUGGAGGAGGCACGCUACACGUCCACGUCCUGCACCGGGCUCUGGUGGGUCCAGACAAACUACUGGGUCAGGCUGUCAUCAACCUGCUCCAGCUGAGUGAGGACAAAACCCGCAACAAGACCGAGUAAGUGAGCAUUAAAAAAGAGAUUAGGAGUCGGGGAAACCGCUUUUAUUGUUUGCUCGAUUAAUCCAAACAACAGAUCCAAACUCGAACCAAACUUCUGAAAGUUUGAAAAGACCUACUGAUAGUUGAAAACAUUAUUGAAUAAAUUGAAGGUGUUUCCACGUAAAACAAUGUGAAAGAUUGUUUUGUUUGACAACAAUGGCUGCAAACAAUUACCUCAUGAUCGAUUAAUCGACUAAUUGUCUCCAAAGUUCAGACAAAGAGCAUUAACUUUAAUGUGGAGGAGGUUUCAUCCGGCGUGUCACAUGGUGAGAGAGGUCACACAGUUUCUUCUUAACCCUGGAACACCAUCACUAUCGCUGGGUAGUCUAUACCUGAAAUAAUAUACCCAAGAAAAAGUACUAGUCAUUAAAAUAUAUCAAAAUAGGACAAAACGUGACAAAUUUAAGUAGAUUUCUUUUAUUUUUUACUGUGCAAUGUCCAAAGGGAUGAAUAAAGUGCCAUGUGGGGCCCAUAUAAAAAUGCAACAACAUAACUGAAAUAAGACAUUCAUGAACUUAGUUUCUUUUCCAUCCAUUCCUGGGGCAUGUGUGUCUUUCUUGGUGAAAACUCAGGGUCAUUGGCACAAUAACAGCUGCAGGAGAGAGGACCAAAAUAUGGCAUAUUUUGAGUGAGUAAAUGACCAGCUGACUAGAAUAUUUCUUAUCACCACAUGAAUUCCUUGAAAAUCUCUACUUUAUGAUAGUUAUUCAUCACCACUGCGCUAAAUAAAGAUAGCAUGCAAAUUCCAGGACCACUCUUACUGACCUUAUCCGCCUACAUGCAGCUAUCAAAUCCACCCAAACCUACUUUACCCUCUAUCACUAUCGCUGGGUGAAAAUCACCCGAACACGUGCCUGCAGGAAAAAGCGGGUUUUGGUUUAGGGAAACAAAUACGCCUUCAAAGAUGUCAAAGGCAAUGCUGAAGCUAGCCAGGGACCCAUGAUACUCAGACAAACGCAACAUAAUAAAAAUCACGUAAACAUGUUUGGUCUGGAGAAAAUCACCUGGCGAUAGUGUUUUAGGGUUAAAUAGCCUGUCAGAAAUGUUGGUUAGAGUUAAAGUGAUCUCUCAUUUUAUCAAAUUGCAACAACUGAGCUUUCGCACAUGUACAGUAAACAGUUUCAUCCAAUCAUUUCAACCAGGAUAGAAGACUGAAUCUUACAUAUGUAUGUCAAUGAGAAAGUAAUAGGAAAAGUUUGAUUUUCAUCUGCACUCCAGCUUUGUGGUCUUGCAUCACUAAACUCAAUAAUCCCCUUUAAAGGCCCAGCAUUUUACUCUGCUUUGCUUUGGCUCAUUGUUGCCAUAUGAAUACAUCCUCUUUAUUUGUUGUUUACAAGACUCUGGUAUUGAUUUCCCUCAGUGAUAUCUACACUGAGGUGAGGAACUUUUUACACACACACACAGACACACACGCAGCACGUAUCACUACACAGACCUGCUUUGCCGGAUUUGAUUUGUGAAUGUUUCCCACUUGCUCCGGUGCAGCUUGAGGGAUUUGUUUCCUUGGCAGUGGCCUUCAAGGAUGCCAAUCAGUAUUACUUACUCAGGCGAAAGACUUGGGUCAGAAGACUCUCUUCUUCAUUGACUGAACCGUCUACAACAGAGAGAUUUCCCAAGAUGACCCAGACUUCACCUUACUUUGUGGCAGAUUUUCACAAGGAUGCUAUGACACUGUCAGGCAUUCAGGCAGUACUUUUUUUUCUGCACACACCCAGAGCAGAGAGGUGGGUGAAGUAAUUGACCAAGGACAUAAGCAGUUGCUUUAUUGUUCAAAAAUAUUCACGCCCUUCUGUCCUCAGCUUCUGUUAAUAAUGGCAGUGAUCAGGUUUUACAGGCCUUGGUGGUAGGACUGCAUGGACUCUGUAAUCACGAUUAUUCCUGCUCCUUUAAGCAGAAAAUGCGCUCCACAUUUAGUCCAAAUAAAGAUUAUUAGAUAUUCUUGUUGGAAUUUGAAAGACAUUGUUUUGUACUGCUAAAGUAUUUAGUCUGCUGCCAUGUGACUGGUGUUUCACAAAAGCAGACUGCGUACCAGCAGUUUUUCUGCAGUCACAAACACACAACAAAUCUGCUUCCUUUACCCACCUCCCAAGGGGCUGUUUGUUGGCGUUUGGGUGUGUUUGCUCUGUUUGAUAUGUUGCACUGUUGCAUGCAGUGUAACAGGCUGGAUUUCACCAUAAAGCUAUAAAAAGUUAGUUUUCUAACAUUUUCAAUGCAGAUUGUUUAAAUUGAUAAACCGAGCAGGUAACAGUGACAGAUUGUUUGAUUGUCACUGUAAAAAUGCAUAUUAGAUUAGAUUAAGUGUUGAGUGCAUGAGAUUACUCUGACUGAAAAGUUGCAGAUAAGUUCCCAGAUCAUGUCUGAUUCCCAGCAUGCUCAGCUCAACUCCACCAGGCUGUGCAGGGAACAUUAAUAUAUGCGUGCAUUCCAGUUUUUUUUUUUGACAUCCCUGAUCUCAUCUCCUCUUCUGGCAGCAUGUCCUUCAUAAGUCUGAUUUCCCUUGAGCGCUGCUGCAGAAUUUACCAUGUAGAUACAUGCUUCGAGUUUAAUGAGAAUACUUUAAGAAAUUUUGAUUUGUAAGUCAGCCAGAACGCUUUAGCUGAUUUCCUGCUGAUCUCCUGUGGGCGUCUGUGCCCACCUGAGCGCACCCUACCUCCUAAAUCCACCUCUAGCCCCACAUUCCUGGCUGUUUUUAUCAACCCAAAACAAACAGAGAUGGUAACAGCUACAGUCUAGCAAGGUCAGUUUUUCCAGGCGAGACCAAUGUGCCUGCACUGACCCUCGAAAGACAAACAUGUUCCACAGGCUGCACAUACAAGAGCGCCACUGUUUAAAGGUACAUGUUGUCUGCUGAAUUUAGCCUCUCAGUUAUCCUGUAAGUGUUACAGUUUUUGAAGAAAGACUCCAGCCAAUUAUCUUUAGAAAACCACUGUUUUCUGUCAUUAACUGUUCAAAAAGUUAAUUUCCUAAAGUUGUAUUAUGACUAAACAUUGAAUGGUAGUUUCCACAACAGAUCAUUUCAGUUUGUAUCAUUAGUAAAGGCACAGGUAACACUAAAUAGCCACAUUAUCAGGCGUCUUUCUCUAACCGUCCCUGUACUCCUUUCCCUUUAUUUUUAUUUAGCCUUUAUUUAACCAGGUAGGUUAAAUAAAAAUAUCUCUUUUUCAAGGGAGACCUGGACAAGAGGGCAGCAGCAAAGUUACAUUACAAAAGAAAACAAUAACACAUAAAAUAUAAAAUUUACAGCAUUCAAACUUUCUCACAUAACACACGUGCAUACAGACAGGAUAGACUGCAGACCUUUUACAGUAGCUUUAAACUCAUUCAAUGUAACUAGGGCUUUAAGUUGAAGUUUCAAUUGUAAUUUAUUCCAAGCAUCAGGUGCUGCAAACCUAAAUGCUUUCUUGCCCAGUUCAGUUCGUACUUUGGGUAACAAAUUGCAGAACAUCCAUCGAACGAAGAUUGUGGCUUCCUUGUUUCUUUGUUAAGAAACAAGACAAAUAGGCUGGAAUGAGUCCCAGAAUGGUUUUGUAAAUGAACACAUACCAAUGACAGUGGCGUCGAGCAUGUAAAGACGUCCAGUUAACCAUAGAAUAUAGUACACAAUGGUGAGAAAGGGGACCGCAGUUGGUAAUGAACCUCAGUGCUCCAUGGUACACACUGUCUAGCAUAUGGAGACAACUAGCAGAGGCUUCCAUAUACAACACAUCUCCAUAAUCAAUAAGUGGCAAAAAGGUUGUCUUAUUGCUCAGCUUUGAUUGUGUUCACACAGAAGGUGUCGUCAUGAAGUUUUUAUCAGGUUUCCAAACAGACACAUCAUGUUAAUACUGUAAAUACUCAUGGUUAUACUGAUAUUGAUUUUUUUUUAACACGUGCAGGAAAAAAUCAGCAACAAAAUUAAAGGGAUACUUUGUCCUUAGAGGGUACCAAAUUAAUUUCGAAUGGAUUUCACAGGAGUUUAAAACAAGACAAAAAACUAGACUACGAUGGAUGGUAAAAUCUUCAGUUUAAAAAAUAUUCAGGAUUUGAUUACCUCCUUCCUAGCUUCAGAAUUAGCACGUACGUAUGAGUGGACUAUUCACAUGGGAUUGUUUACAGAAAAAAAUAUAUAUCACCGAAGAAGAUGGUGGUUUUCCAUCAUAUUGUGGAUUUCAUUUGAUGAGUCUGCAUAACAGUUACUUAUGUAAACUUCUUAUUUGUGUGACAUGAAGUCAUGGUUACGGAAAGUUCCCAUUUCCACCAGGAUGAGGGAGUUUCACCCAAGGGUUGCCUCUAUGUCCAAUCAUCCCGUCUUUGCAGUGAAGUUUGCUUUUAUUCAGGUGUGAGUGUGACUCAGCCCUCAUUACUUUAAACCUUUAAUUCCAGUUUUAGGUGGUAAAAAGACAUUUGUCCCAGUGUGUCUGCUGUUAUCAAAAUCUGCCAGUGAGGCCAAAGAGCAUGGAUCCUAGAUAAAGAAAAAAUGAGGCUCUUCAGUAUUGAAGCACAGUCGUUUUCUUUUACUGCAGCAAUAAAGUGAAAACCUCCACCAAGGCAAGUCUUCGCUCCAGUGUUCGAGUUUUUCCUCCUCUUCUCAGUGUAGCUUGAGCUUUUAAUGUACUCUGAUUGAUAACACGAGAUUGAACCACAAAUUUUGACACACCAUUAAAACAGGGGUAUUUUUCUAGUUCCACUCUUUCUUUGCCUUCGUUCCCGUCUCUCCGCAGCUCAGACUGAUCCAUUAAACCCUGAACAGUUUUGGUCCUUGAACAUUAUCACUGCUCGCUCAGCUCCUCUCUUACCCACACAGCUGUGCUCUGUGAUAAGACCGGCUGCAGCCACUCAGGGCAUUGUCUUAUCUUUAUCAGGCUUCACCAGGAAGGAUGUGUGCGCGCGCAUAAAGCUGAAUAAAUUUACAAAGUGUAGAGUCAUGAAUUAUCCUCUUGGUCUGUGUGUACAGCAGAGCAGCACACUUUCUACUUUUUCGCAGUGUAAGAUAACUAUGUUAAAAAGCAUCAUUAUCACUAUCAUUAUCAUUCAGGCUUUGUCUGGUGAAAGCUGAUUCUAAUUCCUCCUCCAGCUCACCGCUUACUGUCUCAACCAGCUCACACCCAGAGGCUCUCGCAACUUCCUCACUGAUAAACUGAACUAGCUUUCUUCUUCUUCUCCUUUUAUUGGUUCACAUAGGACGGUGAGCUGCAGGCAUUAGUUGCUAUCAGAGAAGUGAAGUUGUUGUUCGAGGGCUGGGGCUGUUAUUGCAUUUUAAAUUUCAGUAUUUUACUGUAAACGAAAUGUCAUACGGCUUUAGUAUAGCGUUGUGUUGUACAUUCUACUGUGUCAUACUUUUACUACGAUACAAAGUUGUAAUAAUGGGCUACAAUAACGGUUCACUAUGAAUAAUCAGUGAUACUACUUUACUGUACAUCAUAGUUUAAGCCUUUGUUGGUAUUAAACUCCAAAAUUCAUCAUAAUUUUUUAUCAAAAUGCCAAAAGUUUGCUGAACCAUGCAACCUACAAUGAAAAUAAUCAAUGAUUUUAGACACUCAUUUGAAUACAGGGCUAAUUUUGAUUGUAAAAGUGAUUUGGGUUACUUAUGGCAUGAACUUCUAGAUUGAAUCGUGAAUGCCCAAUUUAACUGCUGUUUUCUGAUAUAACCUCAAAAUUAGAAUUUAGGAGGGUUGGGGUGUUGUAGAUAUUUAUAAUAUUUUGAGCUCUUGAAAAUGGAUUAAAGAAAUUAAGCUCUCUUUGAAGUGAAGCUGGAAUGUUACUUAAUCUUACUUUCUGAUAUUGAAGCUUCAUGGAAUAAGUCUUAGCUUAAAAUCUCAAGUCCUGUGCCAGAACACCUGCUGAGUCCCUAAAGUGGUUAAAAUAAUGAUGUAUUCUCAUAAAGGGCCUGAUGACAUCUGUAAAGGUGUUGUGAGGAGUUCAUAAGGGACUUUGAAAAAGUGUCACUCUUAUGUUGGUGCCUCUCUAUGACCUACAAAGUAAAGCGAGAUAAUCAGCAACAAGGUUGGGUGUUUAUUUUUAUAGAUUUUUAGUGCCUGAUAGUUUAUCUGUUGUAAGCGGUGGGGAUGUUAAGAGCUCCAAUCGUAAAGUUUUAGAGGUGAGAAUUGACUUUGUUGCACCAAAUGCAUGCCUGAGGAGCUACUUCUUUCGGAGAGUUGGUGGUGGUGCUCAUGGGAAAUGCAGUCUUUCGUCCUGGCAGCUGAGAAGCCAGUUUUCCUUCUUUAGACCAAAACGGCUAAAGCGAAGUAUAUAUUAAACUGUAUUUCAACAAGUGGAGAGAGACAGUUUUUCAUUUUCUUGUAGAACUUUUGUCAGACAAGCAUCAUGCAGAUUUUUUUGUGUGAAAAGGCCGACAGUUUGCAAAUCAUAUCCUCUUACGCAUCAGCAGUAGGAAGCAGAGGAGCUGUGACAGCACUCUGCACCCAUUUCACAAAUUCCAGGAAAGGCCUUUAAUUUGCCAGUGCCACACAUGUGAGGCAUUCCUGAGGAAGGAGAGGGAGGAGGAGGAGGCGGAGGAGGGUGAAUCUCAGCAACAUUUCUUAUCUUGUCGGAAGGCAAUGCACACAGAAGAGUUUGUAUUACAAACCAAUGGUAACCAAUGGUUUAUAUCACAAACCAAAGGACUGUUGUGCAGUUAUAUGCAGGAAAAUAUUUCUGUGCUCUGAGACAUGCCAAAAAAAAAUUAUUUAGACAGUCACAAAACUGCAUAAUGCUUGAAAACUUUUUACAGAAUAUAAACAUAUUGGACAUAAAGUUCUUGUUUCAAACUGCAGGAAUAGUGUAUGAUGCAACCAAAACACAAAAUAUGUUCAUAACACACAGUAUACACAGAAAUGUACGCACAGCCCCUUCCUCAUUUCCUCAUUUCCCUAGGAAUCCAGAUUUCAGUGUGAGCUGUUUGUUCAGUUGCUAGCUGACCUCAGAUUUCUGCCAGACAGGCACUUUUUUGUGCUGACUGAUUCUUUUUCAUUGUUCUGUUUAAUAAUUCUGCUUUUUUUUUUUUAGACCUUUCUGUCAGUUUUCUGACAGGUGCAGAUAUGCAGAAGUGAUGAAAUCUAGAUCUGGUGGACGUACCCUAUACCCCCUUUUAAGGCUUUUUUUCAUGCUCUACCAAGGACACUGUGUUCAAAAUGCAGUUCUGUGCUAAAACCAUCGUAGCACAUGUUCAGACCCUCCUCUAUCACCCUGUAGUUUUAUUAGUUUUAUUUAGUAUGGUUGAUUUGCUGAGUCAAUAUGCUACCAAAUUGAGCCAUCUUUGCCGUUAACUGGACCUGCAGCCUCAGCUCGGGGGGCAACAGCGCAAUCAUUUUUCAGGCCCACAAUCAUACAAUAUUUUGUUCAACUGACUGGUAAUCCUGGUGUAAAAAUGUGUGAUUAUUUAGUACACUACUCACAGUGAAAACAAAACACAACAUCUACAAGAACUAAGAGAAAAGAUUAACCCCCAAUAAGAUGUGGUAAAACCUUCAAAAAAAGGGAACAUGUGCUACAUGAAGUGUCACACAUGUUAAGUGUGUUGCAACACAGUUAGUUGGUUUUAAUUCAGAUCCCACCUCUGAUCAAGAAGAGAGCCAAUCAUACUUUAUGUAUUGGAUGACCAAUUAGAUUUCUAGGGGAUGGGGGGGGGGGUGUAGCUUCUAAGCCCUCAUCUGGAAAAGCUCCUGUUUAACACCUUUUGUUGUAUUUGAUGGUAAUGAGGUUAAUACCAGAUUGGUUUCCUGGGAACAUGACCAGUUCAAGUUUUUGGAGUUGCAGGGACUUAUUGUUGAAUAUAAACCUCCCUGCUAUGUGGCAGCUGACCUGUAUAUUUGCCCUCUGCAGGGUUAUAUCCCCGGGAAUGUGCAAUAUAUUCGAAAUGUCAAUCAUUACAAGUUUCAGACGGAUCAAGCCAUGUAAAAAACAUAUCUACAAGUUCUGUCCUAAGGUGUUUGAACAUGUGGGUCUGUGGAGGAAAGGGAGACCACAUUUAGAAUCUUAGGCACAGUACAAGCAUUCAUUAGAGGCAGCCACACACAAGGCGGCAUUAUUAUAAAAAGAAAAAAAAAGUUUCCUUCAUGGUAGGUUUGAAAGUUAUACUUGGAUCUUCACAGACUUUCCAAAAACAUUCAAACUGCUGCUGAGUCACACUGCUAUUUACUGGAUGGAUCAUAGUUUCCACAGAGGAACUGGAGAAACUUCUUUAAACUUAACUGGAAGUCUCAGUAUCUGUGAUUCCUUUUCGCAACUUAAUCAGCAAACAGGAAUUUAUAGGGGAGUGAUGUUUUGUUACUAAUGUUGUGGAAUAAGGAUAUAAACAUUAAUAAAAGAGAAAAAUUGAUCAAAUAUGAGCAAUUUAGGGAAAUAAAACUCAGAGAAACAAUGUGAAAGAUACACUGAAUAGAGGCUGAACAAGUAAAAUAUUUUUUAAAUCUGUCCUCAACACGACAAGUAACCAGUGCAGCAAUGCUAAAACAGUUAUAUGAACUCUCUUCUGGUUAUCGGUGAAAUUCUUGCUUCUUAUUUAGAAGGAGAUGCAGCCAAGCCAUAAUAAAGACACAGCAGUAGUCCAAACCACAGAAAACAAAUGCAAAAGUGUCUUUGCUGCUUUUAAUAAAAGGCAGGGUCUGAUUCUUGAUAUGUGUCUGAUAUGUUAAAAAGUCACCGUUGCAAUGUUGCUGAAAUGAAUUUUUCAAUUCAGUUCAAAUUCCAUAACUAUAUAUACACAAAGUAACACCUGUUUUUAUUUUUUUUUACUUCAAGCUUGAUCUGCAGAGCCAGAUUUCCACAACCGUUAUGAUUUCUUCCUGUCUAAGCAUUUUUACCUACCAAAUGCAAACACUAGUAGACUAAGAGUUGAACCCUGAGGAACAUCAAAGGGGAAGUUGCACUUUUGGCUCAUGUAUGGAUCAUAAGAUCUAAAAGUUAUUAAAAUUGAUGGGACAACACAGAAUACACAGUUUUUGAUUUUCAGGAGUUAGAACUUCCAAGGAAAAGUUCUGAAUCCAGUCAUAGUUUGUGGGUUUUUAUCCAUUAUGACGUCCAAAAUUGAAACAAGAUGCCUUUCUUUUACAGAUGGUUUAAGUUGCUGGACAAAACGGGCAAACCGGACAAAGACAGAGGGGAGGUACUCGUGGACAUCCAGUUUCUGAGAAACAACAUGACCGCCAGCAUGUUUGACCUUUCUGCUGCCGGCAAAUCCAGAUCUCGCCUGGGUAAAUUCAAGGACAAGGUCAGGGGCAAAAAAAAGGAGUCGGACACGUCCUCAAACGUGGUUCCAUCCCUCACUCAAGUUUUGACCGACAGCGAGGAGGAGGGACAGGAGGAUGGAGGGGUAUCUGCAGGCAAAGAUGAGAAAAAGAAGAAACUUAAGAUUAAAUCCUUGUUUUCUCCAAAGUCAAACCUGCAGAAGAACAUGUCUCAGUCUAUGUCUGUUCUGCCUGCAAAGAACUCACCAGUGAGUGGCAGCCUCUCGUCUGGCCUAAAUGUGGACACAUCUGAAGGUCAGGAUCACCACUCUGGGCUCUAUUUUGGUGCCUCGCCGGAGACGUGCCGCAAGCGCAGCGUCAGUCAGAUCCGCCGCGCUGACAAGGCGUUCCCAAGCACAUUUUGGUAUUUUGGUGAGCUGCGCAGCCCGGCCUAAGUAUCCCCCCUCCCUAACUCAGCUCCUCCCAGCACCAUAAGUCGUAGAGUUGGGCGUGUAGUUGGUUUAACACAGCCGAGACCUGUUUUCACCAAUCACAUAGGCUCCUCUCCUUGCCUUUAAAUCCGUCACAGGCGAGGCGUAUUACUAUUUUCAUGGAGUAGUCAAAGAGAUCAAGAGAUGUCUGAAGACAGUUAUGCCACACGAUGGCGACAGAGGGCAGCUGCUUAACAAGUGUCCUCCACACUCUCUCAUAUGAGCACAGAUGGAUUUAGUGUGCGUAAUGUUGGACCCACUGGUAAGACAAACACCCGUUUCCACAAAAAAGACACUCACAUAAAGUUGCUCAUAUUCAAACCUCACGCGACAAAGGUGGGUUGAGCGCACAGAUCACAACAUAAACUCCAAAAAUGGCAUUAAAAUCGGAACCAUCUGUGCGUAAAUGACGCAUCGCGCUCCGUGGCCUGGCUCUUUCUUUCAUAGAUGUUGGCAUAUAAAAUAAAUUUGGCUCACAAAACUGAAUAUUAUAAUAUCCGUAUGUCGGCUUAAAGUAGAUAACGCAUCUGAGCACUGAAACAAAUCAUCUGUUCAGCUGCAGCAGCAGCAAGACGGACAGAGGACACGGAGACGUGUCCAGGUCGAGCUGUGCGAGAAAUAAGAGGAAGAGGAAGAAAGAAAAGGAGGGAGACGAAUUACAUAUCUUGUUAACUUCAUCAUGUGUGAAUAUUUACUAGAUAUUUAAUUUAAUUUGAUGCGGUUUCAGCUGUGUUGAUUCGGUCAGGUUGUGUGUCCAAACGCGUGCCAAACGCGCUCAUCAGAUCAGAUAUAGAUCAGAAUAUAUCGAUAUAGAUCUAAAUGUAUGUGCUGACUCAGAUUAAUAGUUGAUGAUGAUUAUUUAUUGCACUGAAAUGUGCCUGAUACUGUGGAAACCUGCCGGUGAGGCAUCAGUGACGUAUGUCGAUACGCCGCCGGUCUACCAAAAUACUACAAGACCAGCUGCGUUCCGCCUUGCGCUGAAAGCUGACCAGGUUUGAAUCGGCGAGCUUUCAGCGCACUUUACACGCCGUUGGCGAGCACGAAAAUGUCACUGCGCCAGCUGAUUCUGUCGACACCUCCCCCUGCCACGCCACCACGCCCAGCUUGGCGGAUCUCGGCUCGCCUCCGUGCGGCUCAUGCCACGAAAAUACCAAACUGGCCUUACGCUGGGCUCCGCCAGACGAAAAUACAACUGCGCGGGGCUCGCCGCCCUCCGCCGCCUCACCGGCGCGCACGAAAAUAGAGCCCUCUAUGUUCAUUCACUGCUCGGCUCUUCUGCUGGUUGUUGAAAAUGUGAUUAUAAUGCUUCUCCCCUCACAGAGGCUAUCCUUGCACAAUAAUAAACCCAAUGUUCUGUGGAAAGGGAACCAUGAUGGUGGUGCUUUACUGCAAACAUCAGGACCUUAAAACUUUAAAAGCUUUUGGUAACUCAAUCUUGCAGAGCAGGAAUUUGGCAACUUAGUCUAUGAGAAUUUUUUAUUGAAAUUUUAAAAGUCAAACUCACAGUUUUGCUAAAAUAUAACAGAACUCAGUACAUGCCGUCUUUAGUUCUUAUGAAUAUUUACACAGCUACCUCGGGUUCUGACUAUAUAAACCGCCAAUCAUAAUGAAGAAGUAAUUGAAUUCAUAGUCUCUGUUUUGAGGCAAAAUUCUGAGAAUUGUUUGAAUACAAUUUGUAUUUAUCUUUAUUUUCAGAUAUUUCCCAAAUGCAGUUUCAAAAUUUAAGUCUAAAAGAUUGAAUUUCUGGAAGAAUUUUAAAUGUUUCGCCAUGUGAACUAUGACUGACUGCAUUCAAAUGAAAAAUCAUUUGCACGUAUGAAGCCAUCAGACCUUAGAAAAGCUGCACCACAGACCUCCUAAAAUUAUUAAAUGAACUUUAUCAAGUCUCAGAUUGUUUCCUGAUCACAGGACGUUUGCCACUAGUUUAAAAUCUGCCUUUAGAUAUCAGCUCAGCGCUCAGCAGCUGUUAUUUGAAGGGAUAUUCUGGCGUAAAAUUAAUUUAGGGUCAAACACACCGUAACACCGAGUUAGACAUCCCCUUGAGAGAUGGGGGUUGUCUAGUUAUACCAACUUUAGUAAUGACCGCAGGAUAGCAAUACACAGUGGUCUGAGGAGCCAUAAACAAACCUCAACCAAAAAGCCACUCUAUAGCCACAAAUAAUGCUCAGAACAGCACCUAACUUCAUCAACAGUACAUAUAGAAUAACAUCUUUUUAGCUUUGCCUAAUUCCUUUCGCAAAGAGAUUAAGUUCAACUCACCUACUCUCUUCCAGCAGUCAUUUGUUUGUAGCGAGACCUCGGGCCAGUCCAUUACGGACUACAGUGGGGUGAUGCAGCUCAAGGAAGAAAAUUUAUGAUCAUUUCUCAAUCAGUUCCUUGAAGUAAUAAUCACCAUAUUAAUCAUUUUGCACUGCAGACGCAGUAGUUCUUCUGCCUUAGCGUCUCGGUCUGAUUGCAUUUCCAUGAAGAAAUGAUCAUAAAUGUUCUUCCUUGAGCUGCGUCCCCCCACUGUAGUCCGUAAUGGACUGGUUGAGGUCUCGCUACAAACAAGCAGGUGCUGGAAGAGAGUAGGUGAGUUGUGUUUAGUCUCUUUGCUGAAGAAAUUAGUCAAAGUUAAAAAGAUGUUUGAUGGCUAGUGCUGUGGCUAGGACCCUGUAUGUACUGUUGAUGAAGUUAGGUGCUGUUCUGAUCAUUAUUUGUGGCUAUAGAGUGGUGUUUUGGUUGAGGUUUGUUUAUGGCUCCUCAGACCACUGUGUAUUGCUAUUUGUGCGGUUGUUACUAAAGUUGGUAUAACUAGAGAAGCAAGCGGUCGGCAACAUUCAUCUCCCGACGGAUGUUUAACUCGGUGUCAUGGUGUGUUCGAUCCUAACUUAAUUUUACGCUGGAAUAUCCCUUUAACUUCUUUUUCUCUGUGUCAUUGAAUGUGUUUUUUUUUUUUUGCAGGUAAAAAGAAGUUCAAGUUCAAGAUACACAAACGCACAGGAAGCUCGGACAGCAAAGACUCCUCUGUCCAUCAAAAACACGCUGCUGCUGAACAGAGUAACUUAUGCAUCAAUGGCAGCCAUGUUUACUGUGAGGAGCCGCCGCCUCGAACCUCUCGCAUCGGAUCAAACUACAGCCUGGCAAGUUCAGGUCACGGAUCUAUGGAGGAUGUCCCUGACAGCUCUCCUCCAUCGGUGGAUUCACUCAGAGCAGUGAGGCAAUACUCGCCCUGGACAGAGGAGGAGGAAGAGGAGGCCACCGCUGUGAAUCACGCAAAAGAGGAAGUGGGUGAAGACGACAGGAUGGAGGACGAGAGAAGGAGAGAAGUGGAAGAGCUUGAAAAAAGAAAGAGACAAGAGGAAGAAGAGGAAAACAGGAGAGCUACGGAGGAGAAGGCAAAAAGGGAGGAAGAGGAAAGGAUAAGUAGAGCAGAGGAAGACAGGGUGAGAAGAGAAGAGGAAGAAGAGCUUCAGAGGAUUGCUGAGGAGAAGAAGAGACAAGAAGAAGAGGAAGAAAAAAGGAUUGAAGAAGAAAAGGUUAAAAGGGAGGAAGAGGAAAGAAAACUGAGGGAGGAAGAAGAGAGGACAAGAAGAGAAGAAGAAGAGUGUGAAAGAUUUGCCGUGGAAAUGAGGAGACGAGAGGAACAAGAAAGAUGGAAAGUAGAGGAAGAGGAGAGACAAAAAAGGGAGGAAGAAGAGAGGACAAGGAUGGAGAGGGAAAGAGAACAGGAAGAGAGGAGGAAAGAAGAGGAAGAGGAGAGAGCUAGGAGACUAGAGGAAGAGAGACAAUUAGAGGAGAAGAGGAAACUGAUGGAAGAAGAAGAAAGAAGAAGGAUUGAGGAAGAGAAAGCUAAAAGGGAGGAAGAGGAGAGAGCUUUAGAAGAAUGUAGAAGAAGAGAGGAAGAAGAGAUGAGGAGAAGACAAGAGGAAAAGAGGAGGCUGGAAGAAUACGAGAGGGAGAUGAGACAAAGGGAGGAAGAGGAAAGGAUUAAGAAAGAGGAGGAGAGAAUGAGAAAAGAAAGGGAGGAAUAUGAAAGAGCAGAAGAGGAGAAGAGGAAACAAGAAGAGGAAGAGAAGAAAAGAAUUGAGGCAGAGGAGGAAAAGAGGAAGGAAGAAGAGGAAAGAUUACAGCUGGAGGAAGAGUGCAAAAAGUUAGAGGAAAAAAGGGAAGCAGAAGAGCAGGAAAAGAGGAGAGUUGAGGAAGAAGAAAAGAGGCAAAGAGAGGAAAGUAUUAAGAUGGAAGAGGAGAGGGUGAGGAAGGAAAGAGAGGAAUAUGAGAGAGUGCUGGAAGAACAACAGAGACAAGAGGAACUAGAGAGGAGAAUUGAGGAAGAGGAGAAGGCUAGAAAGGAAGAGCAGGAGAGGAUAGAGAGGGAGAGGAAAAGGAAAGAAGAGGAAGAGGAGCAGGAAAGAAUAGAGAGAGAGAGAAAAAGGAGAGAAGAGGAAGAAGAGCAGGAAAGGAUAGAGAGGGAGAGGAAAAGAAGAGAAGAGGAAGAAGAGCAGGAGAGGCUAGAGUGGGAGAGGAAAAGGAGAGAAGAGGAAGAAAGAGUACGUACGGAAAUGGCAGAAAUGGAGAGAUUGGCAGAAGAGAAAAGAAAACUUGAAGAGGAAGAAAAAAUGAGAAUCGAGGAGGAAGAAAAAAGACAAAGAGAGGAAGAGGAGAGGGUCAGAGAGAAGGAGAAGGAAGAGGAGGAGGCUCGGAGGUUGGAGAAAGAGAAGUUAGAAAGAGAGGCAGAAGAACAAAAGAAGGAUAAAAUGAAACCCAAAGCUGUAGGAAGAAAAGUGGAUUUGGAGUUCCCGGCAGAAGUCACCUCCACUAAUCCGUUUGAUGAAAACUAUUCCUCUAAUCCAUUUGAGGAGAUUCCCAGCUCACCUGCUGAACCUGACAGGUGAGCCAAAGACAGAUUGAACUACAUGGAUUACAUGAUCACUGAUGAGUGAUCCACACACUACAAUAGAUUUCAGUGUUAUAGACCGACCCCAUUUAUUGCAUGAAAGAAAUUUUAGUUUUCAGAAAAAAUAUCAGAUGGGCAGCAGAAUCAGUACUACACAAGGAUCAUCAUCAUCUCAUCAAAUGGGCAUCUCCCUUUUCCAGUGUUUUGUUACACUAGGUCCAUGACACUCCAAGGGUACUUAUCAGUCGGUCCAAGCAUCCUUGAACCAGCCCUUACCAUGUACCAAUACACAAAAGAAAAAGGGAGCAAACAAAGAAAAAAAAUGGGUCUGUAGAUGAUGUUAUGAGGAAGUCAGUGAAGGCAAAGUCAAAACAGGAAGCCUGUUCCAGCUAGAGUUACACCUCUGCCAAGCUGGGGUGCAAGAUCUACCAACUCCAUCCCUUUUCAUUGUCAAAAAAGUAAAAAGCAGAUCAACAAUUAUCCAUUUGAAAACUUUUUUAGGCUCAUGACUGACAUCAUGCGUUCUCAUCCAGAUCCACUGAUUUGAUUGUACUGCUUUGUCAGACAUCUCUGUCUGAGCAUUCCCAGUUCUCCCUGCAGUAUGAUAGUUGAAUUCUCUAUGAAUCCAAACUUAAAAAUUGAGUGGAAAUUUACCAGAACAGUCUCUUAGAUAUUAUGAGCAGAUCAGCAUUGCCACCAUGUAAGUGUUGUUUACUGUAAUGGAGUUUAACUAGAUAUAGCCCAAGUAACAUGCGGUUUUGUACAGCAUCAAAUCAGAACUAGAGACAGCGCAGAAAGGGAGCCCUGGUGCUGAAAUAAAUGCCUGUUGAAAGUGGAGUUAAGAAAGUAGUUGACAUGAACAGAGUGUGUUGUCUGAAUGUACUGUUGAUAAACUUCUGUUUUCCACUGAGUCACGACACAGCAAUAGUUUCUCUCUGCUCUUGUCUCUUAGAUGAAACCUAAAGCUAGCACUAUCAUUAAACUUUCAUUGAGUUGUUCUUGUGCUCGAGUGUGUGUCAGAGUUAGUGGGAGCACAGUGUGUUUGUGAGGAUAUGUUUCCUCCAUGUGCUGAGAUUGGUGCUCAUUUCACAGUCUGACCCAGUAAUAUCAGGUGUCAAAUGAAUGCUAUACAAUACAAUACAAUACAAUACAAUACAGAACUAUACAAUACAAUACAGAACAGUACAAUACAAUACAAUACAAUGCAACACAAGAAUUUUAUUGAUCCCCAAAGGAAAUUUCACAAAAUAGAAAUAGGAAGUGAUCUGUGUACUGGACAGGUGAAAUUUCAUUUAAAAAACAUGUUAAGAUUUUGAUGUAUUUUUUCCCCAUUAACAUCCUCAAUCUUUCUCUGAAAUGCUCAAAUAAGCCUAAGUGUCACGUGUUGUUUCCUUCCUCCAGAUGCCAAUCUACCGCUUCCAUGAAUGAGAAAGAUCUCAUCAGCUCUCAAAGGGGGAGGCGAACAGCCCCUCAGCCUCCAGGAAAGACCCAAGCUGAGAGGCAGACUCAGAAGGAGCAGGAUGUAUCAGCCUCACAUCAUCUGGCACAAAUGAACAAGCAGAGUAAAGACAAAAAUGCCAAAACUCUCAGCCUUAUUCCCAAGCGCUCAGUGAAGAAUAUCGCUCCUGUAAAAGGCUCAGCUACUGGUUUGGAAAACACUCAGAACUCAACACUAAAUGGAAAUGCCAAGGUGGCAACAAGUGUGGCAAAGCCUGGCAAACGCGUAGCACCUCCUCGACCUAGCUCUGUGGAGUCUCAGCCGACACCGACUCAGGCUUGUGACAGCAACAUUUCUAAGACCAAACAAGAGCCUGUUGUUUACGGUUUAAAUCCAUUUGAGGAAGACGAGGAUGAACCCACAGCCCAGAAUGAUACAACAGUCAAAAGUAAUUCUAACUCCGUUCAGUGGCCUCUGCCUGACUCACAAGCUGCAGAAAAAGACGCCACCUCUCAAAUGAAAGUGAAGUCUUCAAAGAUGGUCCAUGCUCCCCCACUUCCUGCGACCAAAACUGACACUUCAAGCACUUCAAUCAAGCUAGGCACAGAAGGGAGCCUUAUUACAGAGGAAAUCGGUAGCAAUGAAGCCCUGAACCCCAAAUCGGAGACCAUUAGUCUUGUGCAUGUUAAGGAGACUGAUUCCCAGCAUGCAACAGUGCAGAUUGCUGCCGAGGAAGCAGGUGGGAAAAAGGAGGCGCCUCCGCCAGCUCCACGCAGGUAAGACAGUCCAGAUCUUUAACACACAAUGUCAAUGUCACUCAUCUAUCACUUCAUGCACAACAGAUCACACACUGCUAGUUAUUUAUAUAAUGAUGCAAUAAAAAGAGAGAAACUCGUUAUAGAGCACAUUUCUCAUGGAGAAGUUUUGUAUUAUUCAUCCUCUUUUGUCUUUCAUCAGUAAAACUCAUAAAUCUUUCAGUUUGCAAAGGUUUAACACUCCACAAUAUUCUGUUUGACUUGUGAUUGCUAACAAGAUUUCUUUUUGAUCUUAUUUGAAAAUGAUUACAUACGACUUUCCAACACAAUACUGGAUUUUUCAUUUCUUACUCUCAUCCAGCCAAUUUCUAAACCUUUCUUAUUCUCGUCUCUGUUUUUGUAUUUUUCACCAGGCUACAACCUGUAAAACCCCUGAAUUCUUCAGAGCAGCAGCCCCUCUCUGCCGUUCACAAAGAAAAAGAAAUCAAAUCCACAGAAACCCUGUGUGAAGUCCAGGAGAAAACAAAGGUGUCCGUUUUGAUCGUGGUUAAAAUAUUCCUUUACUUCUUUUUUUAAAUAAUGAAAUGGUUCAUCUAAUUAAAUAUGCUCACAUUGUUUGUUUCAGUAUGUGCCAUAACUCAUCCAUCCUGCUUGGUGUUUGUCUUUCAGGUAAAUCACACUGGAAUCAAAGGGCCGUACUCACAGCUCACUCAGCAGGAACUCAUCUCCAUGGUGCUCAAACAGGAAAACCAGCUCAGAGAAAGAGACAAAAAGAUAUCUGAGCUGGAGCUAUACAUUGACAACUUGCUUGUACGUGUCAUAGACGAGGCACCAACAAUUCUGCAGUCCAUUAACGCUCUCAAGAAAGUUGCGUAG